ACAGAUUGUAAAGGCAUGCGUUAGAAGCAAAACAAAUUUAAUCGGAAAGCGGCCUAAACGAAAUGUCCAAAAAUCAGACUGUCACGGAACGUGUUAAACUAUUGGACAUCAUACUGUACAAAACAAAAAUCGACAUGGAUAUAUACAUAUAAUUUUUUUAUUGUAUUUCUUAUUUGAUUUUUUUUAUAACUUCAAUUAUAACUUUCUGAUCAGAUUCUUAUGAAAAAAAUGUAAUUUUCAAUGGCGCUGUAAGCAAGGAACUUUAGAACAAUUCUGACACAAGAAAAUCCGCUCUUUGAUAUACAUUGACUUGAAAGAUUAGUGAUUAAUAAAAAGUUGUCGACUUCAAAUUUAUCUUGUGAAACUAUUAAAAUAAUAUUGACAAAUAUGAAUGAAGACAAUUCCUCUAAAAAUGUAUCAGAUUCGGAUUCUGUCAAUUAUUCGGUUAUGUUAGAUUCGGGCCAGUUUGACAAUAAAGAAUUAGGUACAAUGAGAGGCGAUAGCAUAGGAGAUACUGUUUAUAGUGCAAAAUGGAUAAUUAAUACGCUUAUAUCUUUAUCAAAGGUACAAGAUGUUGGUUGGACUCAAGAAUUAGAAAAUGAUUUGUGUAUAUUAUGGGAUAUGACAGCUGAAAAGGACAUAGCCAUGUAUUUAUAUGAAAAUGACUUUUUGAAAAUAGUUGAAGCUUCUUUAGAAACUUCUACUGUAUCUAGAUUAACAGAGAUAUUACUUGGUAUUAUUGGGAACAUGAGUUGUCAAACAAGUAUAUUAAAAUCAAUGGGAAAUAAUAAGCAACUUGUCAAAACAAUCUGGAAUAAUCUUUUAUCAGAUGAUACAGAAUCUUUACUUCAAAUUUUUAGGUUAUUACAAGCAGUGGUUUGGGAUAUUCAAAGAAAUCCUGAAUCUCAAUGGGUAAAAAAUAUUAAAGAGUGUGAUUUUUUUAGUGACGUUGUGAUUUUUGUAUUAAAUAGUUCUACUAAUAAUGAUCUACUCGUUACAACUUUAAAUUUACUUCUUUCAAUUUCACAACUAAGUGAUACCAACUUUCUGUUAGAAUUAUUUAACACAGAAAAACUGGUUUCUGCACUUCUAGAGUGUUUUAUGCAAGUUAUUCCACAACAAAAAUAUCUUUUCUCAGAAGCAGAAUUAAAAAUAAUAGAAAAAUGGCUCACCGUAUUGUCCACUGUAGUAAAAUUUCAACAGAUAACAGCAAACAAUAAAAACAAUAAAGACAUUAUGAAAUUAAUGGAAAUUAUAUUUAAGAUAUUACAGCCAUAUAAACAUAAAAGUAAUUUGAUUCCAAUUGAUGAGAAUUCUGCAUUGUGUAUUCAGGAAUGUAUUGAAAUAAUAUUAUACAUUCAAAAAACUAAAACAUGUAUUAUACCAGAAAUAAAUAGUAUUAUAAUAAACAUCAUCUGCAAACUUAAAUCAGCUGAACAAGAUGAAUUUAGAACUUAUCUAGAUGACAUAACUAUUGAACUUAUUGACUAUUUAGAAAGAUAUUGGGUAGAAAUGUUAGAAAUAUAUACUACUGACCACAUAAAAGAUAUUCUAUGUAUAUGUAAUAAGCAAAUUGCAAAUAGUUUCGUUGAAUUCAUUAAACUACGGCCUAAUGUAUCACAGUUUAAAUUAGAGAAGUUAUUAGAAGCACAUUCUUGCCUCUCUUAAAAUAAAUAUAUUAAACUGAAUGAAACUUAAAUGAAACAAAUGGAUUUUA